UUCGGACCAUUGCGGCGGCACCUUCGUUGAUCGCAAGUGUCCAAGCAGAGAGGGGCUUGGGACGAGGAAAAUUACGAGAAAGAAGACUGUUUAUGACCCCUCUUUUAUAGUUGCGUUCUCCUGGUUUAGCUGAUUGGAGGAGAAUGUCAGGCGAAAACCUUCAAUACAGAGGUUAUAACUUUAAUCCUCUGCUAAACCAAGAGGACAUAACCUGAUUAAAAUUCCCAUUCGUCGAGAGCAGAUCACCCGAGAUGCCCGCAUGCGUAGUAGUAAGGGAAAGCGACCGAGCCGUCAUGUACCUCAAGAUGUGUGUGUUCUGAGCGAAAUGGCCUCUGGAAGAGGCUCUGCAAACCAAGAAAUCAAGCAACACUUUGCCACCAAAGAGGGCUGCUAUCGAUUGCUGGAUCUGUCGGUUUAUUCGCGACCUACCAAGAUCCCAUAUUCUGUCCAGCAGUGCCAUCCAGUGCGCGUGUCCUUUGUAACAGUGAAGGAUCAAGGUGGCUGCAACGAUCGGAUUGCGUUUAAUGUCGGAAGAGAAUUGUACUUCUAUAUUUACAAGGGGGUUCGGAAGGCUGCAGAUCUUACAAAGCCCCUUGAUAAGCGGCUCUAUAAAGGCACCAUUCCAACUUGCCAUGAUUUUAACUUGCUGACACGGUCAUCUGACAGCUUGGAGUUGUUGAUUGGGUUCUCUGCUGGGCAAGUGCAGCUGCUUGAUCCAGUGAAACAUGAAGUCAAUAAACUGUUCAACGAAGAGAGACUUGUGGAUAAGACCAAGGUCAUGUGCCUCAAAUGGAUCCCGGGAUCAGAAAAUUUGUUUCUCGUAGCACAUGAAAGUGGAAACAUGUUUGUAUACAACAAGGAACACCCUCCUGGCAUGGGACCUCCGCAGUAUGCUUUAAUGAAACAAGGACCAGGCUAUUCAAUCCACAGUGGGAAAUCAAAGACUACGCGGAACCCAGUUUGUAAGUGGACUAUUGGAGAAGGCUCCAUAAAUGAGUUUUCCUUCUCCCCAGACUGUAAACACAUUGCAACAGCAAAUCAGGAUGGCUUUCUUCGAGUGUUUGACUUUGACUUGCAGACACUGUGCGGUGUAAUGAAGAGUUAUUUUGGAGGCUUAACUUGUGUUUGUUGGAGUCCAGACGGUAAGUAUAUCGUCACAGGAGGUGAGGACGACCUUGUGACAGUAUGGUCUUUUCUCGAGCGGAGAGUCAUAGCACGAGGUGUAGGUCACCAAUCUUGGGUUCAAGUAGUUGCUUUUGAUCCCUACACUACAAGUGUUAGUGCUGGAGGCCGUGUGGAUGACAGUGACGAAGAUGAAAUUGAACAGAAUGGAGUAGCACCAUCACAUGGUAAUACUUCAGUAACUCAAGACGACAAGAACAUGACAUGUUAUAGAUUUGGUUCUGUUGGACAGGAUACAAAUCUUAUGUUGUGGGACUUAGGUGAUGACGUUCUUAAGCCACAGAGACCUCGCGGCAGGAGUAUGCGCACUGCAACUCUUUCAAACUCACAUGUACCCACCACAAAUUUCCUUUCUAAUGGACCAGUUUCACAUGAAGUGAAUCACUCCGGUAGCGGCAAUGCUGUUGCACCAAUGUCAUUUGACACGCCGAAGAGUUUAACACAAGUACAUUCUUUAAGUAAGUCAGUGGAGCACUUAGUUAAUAUUGGAAAUGUUACGCCAGGGACCGUUUUGUGUCCCAGAAUGGAUGAAGUGUCCAUAUUAGAACCUUUGGUUGCCAAGAAAGUGGCAAAUGAGAGAUUAACAGCACUGUCAUUCAGAGAGGAUUGUAUCGUCAUGGCAUGUCAUGAGGGUUUCAUCCGGACUUGGGCACGACCAGGUAAAGUGGGUGUGCAACCAACCGGGACUGUGGUCUGAGUAAGGAUGACAGUGACGAUGAUGAUGAUACAGACAAUCUACCAAAUUCAUCAUAUUCUUUAGCCUGAAGUAGCAGUGGUCAAGGAUUGAGGAAACAGCUGAUAUUUCAGAUGGCAUGCUUUCAUCCUGUUGACAGCUCCUAAUCCGACCAUAAUGUCCCUUUCUAUAAAUAGCGAAAAGGACAACUUGUUGAUAAACUAAAUUUACGUUGAAAAAUGUGACUAAAAUAUUAUUGUUGUUCUUGAAUGAGAAAGGUUGAAAAAAUAUCUAAGAGUUAGUAAGUUAAUGAGUUUUUGUAGCUUUGUUACACUAUUACCGAGUACUUAUACCACAGAAUCCCAAAACAGUGCUCUGAACUUUAGUAAAAAAAAAAAAAGUGUUUGCAACUGUCAACAAACUUUAAAUCAAAACAGUCCAGUUAGUCACUUCUUAAGAGAAGGAUUUUGCUGAAAGAGGAAGUCUUGUUCGUCUUCUCAUAUCAGAAGCAGUAGAGAACCAAUUUUCAUGUAGUUUAUUAGUUCUGCCGUGUUGCCUUUUUACAGCAAAUAAACAUGGACAAUUUUAGUUUGCUUGUCAGAGAAGAAAGUAAAUUAAUAAACUGAUAUUCACAUUACCAUAACAAAAUGUAAAUGGAGAAUGAAAUGGAAUGUCAGCAUUUUGUGUACACAUCAUGUAAAGAACACUGAUUUUUCAGUGGUACAAUUUUUCACAAGGUUUGUACAAAGUUUUGUGAGGGUGCAGAGUUCUUAUAAAUCAUCAAGUGGACCUGGAGUAAGCAAAUAGUACCAGUGAGUAACGUUUUUGGGAAAAAGUCCGAAAUGUUAUCUAAGGCAAGCAGAAUUUUCUCACAAAGGUCCUGCUGAAAUAGAGCACUCGUGUUUUCUGCAAAAUUAUGUACAAGCCAUGAUAUUUAGAUGUUUAGGUAACAUGCAACUUGCUUUUGCAUACAGCAGCCUGUUCAAGCAGCAUGUCACAGGAGGCAUCAGUAUUCACUGACAAGUAAAUACAGGUGUAUUGUGCCACACAAUUCUUAGCCACAGGUAAAUAAUUAAGACCAAUUUGUAAAGCAUGAUUAUAGUACUAUUAACUUAAAGAUAUAAAACUAUUUAACUUGGUUUGAGCUGUACCUCAUGAUCUUUGUUUUUUUUUUUAACUUUUUUGCCAAAAAACUAUCCAAAGAGUUGUCAUCUCUAGAAACUAUCCAAGCAAACCUUAGUUACUAGGAGCAAUGUGUAGUUCAAGAGAAGAUCUGUAAACCUUCCACACGAGGUUUUCUUAGUUACCACUGCCCUUCCACCACCCCCUCCACUCCUUUGCAAAUUCUAGUUGAGCUCUCAAUGCUUACCUUAAAACACUUUGGCUUUUUAAACUCCCAUCUCCAUGGGAAUUGCCGUAUAGCUAGUGUGUGUAUGCAUACUUUCUGGAGCUACGCAAUGUAGCUUAAUUCUUGAGUGGCAACUGAAUUUUACCAGGGAAUAAAAAGACCUAUUGUACAAUAUUGAAGUUGCAAUGAACAUUGUGAGGGCUACUGUUAGUGUCAAAAUUGCACAUCGGAAAAUUUAAACUAAACCCCUUUAGGGACCAAUCUGAGUAUGACACCCCAGCCUGAAAGAUACUAAUAGGAAAAAUGCAAACAAGUAAGAGAUUAGUGACAUCAAAGGGAGUACCUCCUGCACUUCCCCCCACCUAGGAGGAGGAGUAAAAGUGGCAUGCAUGGGAAAGGACAUUCGGUGGUUUAGAUUUGGACAGUAGUUUCAUCACAAGGCCAAAGUGAUGGCAGUAAAACGAUGUUUUGUAUGCAGAAUGUGGUUUAGUCAGAGCACAUGGUAAUCUUCAACAUUACCAUAAGUACAAGAAACAAGAAAUAAAUGGCACUGUGGAGGAAGUUUA